UUUUUUUUUUUUUGCAGGAUAUUCUUAUACAAGUUGUACAGAUAUUAUUAAAAUCAAAACUUUUAACUAGUGAAGAUGAUGAAAGUGAUUUGCAACCUUCAUCCACAGUAAUGCUUUUCUUUGCAUAUAAAAACAAAAAGUUAAGAGUCAAUAUUAAUGUUCCAAUGAAAACAGAAAUGAAAAUUGAACAGGAAACUACACAUAAACAUAUUGAAGAAGACAGGAAGCUACUUAUUCAGGCUGCAAUAGUUAGGAUAAUGAAAAUGAGGAAAGUGAUAAAACAUCAGCAGUUAUUGGCUGAAGUUCUAAAUCAACUUUCUUCAAGAUUUAAACCUAGAGUGCCUGUUGUUAAAAAAUGUAUAGAUAUUUUAAUAGAAAAGGAAUAUCUGGAACGCACGGAAAAGGAUACUUACAGCUAUUUAGCAUGAUGGUAUUUUCAUAGCUUCAAAGUGCUGAAACAGCUUGAGUUCUUCCCCACCAAUGGCAAAAGUCUAGGUGGACAUGUGCACCAGGACUGGGAAAUCUGCCUCUUUUUGUUACAUAUUUUUUAAAAACAUUUCUAUGAAACUGACUUUCAUAGUAGUAUAUUGUAUCGUGGUUUAAAAAAUGUCAUUAUUUUAACAAGAAAAUGAAUGACAUGAGAGACUAUGGUCAUGGAAUCCACAAUUUCAAAUACCAUGAUGUAUUGUUUGUGUGGAAAAAACGUUAUUUAACUAUUUAUAAACCCCUUGUAUUUUUCCCUAUUUAUUAUAUUUCCCUAGUAUUUUUUUAAUGCUGCUUUACUUCAGCAUUGAACUUGCUACUGUUACAUAUUCUGAAAAUAUGUCCUUUAAUGCUGCUGUUGUAAGUACUGUUAACACAAAUAAAGUGAUUUUUCAUUUCUU